AUGGGGUUGGGUACCCAACAUGGCUGUGUAGGCCAACUUCAAUUUAUCUCAUUUAUUGAUUUCUCUUAGGGCUCAGGACAUUUAGCGGCUAAAUCUUGUUUAAAGCUCGCUGCACCGUUCUGCGUUGCACUGACUAUUCUUGGAUAUCUUUUACUUCGUCUACCGUCAAUGCCGGAGUACUUUUUUCGAUUUUAAAGUUAAUCCUCAAUAGAGACCAAAGACAAUUUAUUAAAUUUCCCAAAACACUUGCUGAUCUUAAGGCGCUUGGCAGCACGCUGUCUAUGUACAAGGGGAUUUGCUAUUGGCGGAUCCUACUAACGAUUACGCUCAUCUACAUAUUGUAUCCUUUUAAUCAGAUUGAAGUAAUUGAAUGUUUAUACCUUAAGGUUGUUUUGUACGAUGCGUGUGUUCUGCCUGAUCGUUGACUUCAACUGUCUUACCAUACUAGGGAGGGAGGAAGAGCGAGAUUUUAUCAGUGGUCGACCGUAGUGUGUUGACUCCCUUAGCGUGCAUACAGCUCACCUNCUUCGAUGUAAUUGCAAAAUUAGCCGAAAUUUUAAUAAUUUCCUACCUGCGAGCUGAGAACUGUACCUGAUCGGCCUCUGAUUAGUUGCAAUACUUUACAAAUUCUGACUGCACUGUCACUUCGUUUUAUUCGUGACAAAUCAAUUUAUACAUUUAAAAGUUCGCAUAACUGAAACCUCUACCAAUUAUGCACACUCCGCCUUCUCAUACUGUUUAAGUGCCUGAAUAGCCGGGAGUAUUUUGGAUGCUACAGCAAAUGUCAUCAUCGGUCUCCAAGUCCAGUCAGCAGGAAAAUGCAAAGAGUCAACUCGCUGUCAAAAAUUACAAUUCGCCUCUCUCAUCUUUUGUUAACAUAAUUGGUCCACCCAGGCAGGAUUAACCGCACCAUCCCCUACGAAAAAAAAAUAACUUGGAUGAACGUAUACGACGUUUCAGCCUCCACUACGCACGUGUUGCGAUCGCCAAACCAGGUAAAUAGCCGUCUACCAAUGACGCACACUACGAAUUCCUUGUGGCGACGUGAAAGCCUGAGUGCACCCAAACUAUGUGCUACGUCACCUAGCUCAACAAAAGUCGCAAAAAACUGCAUCGUCACGGGCGCCUGAUAGCAGGGGUCUUGAGGCGCUUUUAUUCACACUGUCGUACCACACUGAGAUGCGCCUCGAGCAUGUGUACACAAAAUAAUCACAUGCCGCAACGGUCAUUUCUUCCUUUCGGUGCAUUCAAGUCAUGCACCAGUGCUGACAGUCUGUCCGCUAAGGUCAUGCAUUUCAGCCUCCUGCGUAUCCCCCUCCCUCCCUUUCCUGUGGGAUUAUUCACUGUUAUUUUCCUUUCAUGGAUUUGAAGCAAUGUUUUCCCGGAAUAAAUUUGAAUAAGGCAAAGGCGACAAAGCAUGCAGUAUUUACUGACGUCAUAAAUUUCGAGACCUCUCAUUCAGCUGCGUACGGUCAUUGCGUAGUUAUGUGUCAAGGCAAACUGUUUAAUCAACGAUCGACCUAGACAGAUAAAACGUGAUAGGUAACCUGAAACAUGGGUCUAGUAUGCGGGUGCAUAUGGCGAGGGGGGGGGAAAGAAGCCAUCCAAGUAUGAGAUUUAGGACUACAGUGAGAACUUUUCCGGCGU